UCUUUUUCCUGGGUGAAGAAAAGGAAGGGUAUUUAGUCAUUUAACUCCAGAUGAAAUUAUGGGAGUUUCCUUGGAAUUCAUAGAGAGGGAUUAAUCAUAAACUUGUACUUUGUUUAAAAGUGGAAUGUAUAUCAAUAACAUGACAUGACGUCACUUGUAAACAAGUGUGUUUACCUUACGAGUCACAGGAAGAAUCAGUGGUAGAGGCACGAUGGAGGGAGCGGUCAACACAGGGUGCUCCAGUCAAGAGAGGAUUAUUAAGGACACAUCAAAUAAAUUUAAAUACCAGUCUGCAGCUUUCCUCACGGGCAUUGCUGGUGUGUCAUUGUUGGGAGGAUUUGGCAUGACAUUAGGAAUGGCUAAGAAGAAGGACCCAGAAAUGUUUAACAAAGGCAUCAUUGGCACACGAGAGCUGCGUGAAGCUGGUGGGGCACUUGCUUUGAGAGCUCUAGGAUGGGGCACACUCUAUGCUGUUGCGGGAUUUUCUGUAUUUUGCUUUGGUGCUUGGAAACUGAUGGGUGCAAAAGACCUCCAAGAAUUCAGAACAAAAGCAGGAGGUAUUUUACCCAGAAUACCCAAGAAUAACCCACCUCAAAGCAGGACAGAGUUUGAAGGAUUAAAUGACCUCCUUCAGUACAUUAUCGAUGAAGAUGAGAGAAAAAAACAUGAGACAAUAUCAAAAAUAUCAGAACCAUUCAUGAAUAAAAAAUAGUGUCUUACAGCUACAGUUUCAUAUUUGUGUUGCAGAUAUGGUUAUCUGUAAAUAGUGUAAAGUGUUGUAUCUUCUGAUGAAUUUAUGAUGUGUAAAUACAAAAUACAAAAUGAAUGGAAUGAAGUGGACCAUGGUAGGUGUUCAACGUAGGGUGAAGAUGAUUGGUUUUUUUUGGAUACAAACUGGAAAGAACUUACAAUCUUUUACAAUAUUUUGUUUUGUUAUAUAGUUAUUAGCUACUGUAUAAUGUAGAAAUUAGUUUGUGAAUAAUAUAAAUGUAUUGUAAUAUGCAGCACUCAAAAUUUUAUAUGUCUCACUUUGCCACAGUCAGUGUACAGUAAUUUGAAGAUGAAUAGAUUUAUUAUUGUGCUUACAUAAGCUAUGGGCCAUCCCAUACCCUUCAUCCCUCCAAGAAUAAAAAAAAGUAAAUAACAAUAACAAUUAUUUCUUAUCUACUGUAUUGUAUUUGCUUGACAACCAUAACUUCUAUAAAUUACUGUUGUAGGGAUCUUCCAUGUUAUUCCUGUUUAUAUUGUCCUGUAAUAAAUUGAUAUCUAAAAUAG